AUUAGACCAAAUUUGGUUUGGUACAAAAAUCCCAAAAUUCUUUAACCCUCGAACUUUUCUUUCUUUCUUUUUUUUUUUUUGUAAUUUUCCACAUUCUCCUUGGAUGCAAAAAUUGAAGCAUAGGAAUCCCUCUCUCACGUUCAGAUUCCCACAGAGAAUACACAUAGAUUUGAUUUCCGAAAAUGGCUCCUUGAGAUUCUCGAUCAGCUUGAAGGAAGGAGAGGUUCAGAGAGUGACGGCAUCCUCAAUUCUGGCCGUGGCAGAGAACAAGACGGCGAUGCGAUUGGGGAAGAGAUGAUGAACUGAGGCAUUGAAUUGUGGAGAAAUGAAUGUGAGCCAUGCGACGGUUCACCCGGUUGAAGAUCCCCCCACUACCGAUGGCGCGAAUGCGCCUAUGGUCAGGAUGAAGGACAUGGAAGGAAUGCCCGGCACCCGGGGAGGACUCGCUUUGCGAUUCUUUCAGUUUUUUUUUGCGGCGGCGGCGCUGGGUGUCAUGGCUACUACCAGCGAUUUCCCUUCUGUCACUGCUUUUUGCUAUCUUGUUGCAGCAGCUGGUUUGCAGAGUUUGUGGAGCCUCUUAUUAGCCUUCAUUGACAUGUAUGCUCUACUAGUGAAAAGAUCCUUACAGAAUUGCAGGAUAGUCAGCUUAUUCACUAUUGGUGAUGGGAUCACAUCUACACUCACGUUCGCUGCGGCUUGUGCUUCUGCGGGCAUCACAGUUCUUAUAGACAAUGAUCUAGGUAGCUGCAGCAAGAAUCACUGUGUACAGUUUGAAACUGCAACGGCUAUGGCAUUUAUUAGCUGGUUUACUGCAUUGCCUUCAUUCUUCAUAAACUUCUGGUCUCUUGCAUCCCGAUGAAUUCGGCUAUGAAACCUAAAAAUAUCGAUUCACCUUACUACACCCACUUCUUUGUUGCUGUUCUAUGAUAAUAUUUUGUUGUACGUGUCUUGAAAUUGAAUCUUGUAAUGCCAGUGUGAAAUUUGCAGUUGAGGUGAUAAUAUGGGUGUUUUAAUUUGGAA